AUGGAGUAUGGUGGAGAACUAGAUGAAGAAACUGAGGCUUUUGGUGCAGAAUUGGAGAGCCUGUUACAAGGUGAUCUAGGCAUUAACAUGGAAAGUUUUGAGUGCAGAUUGGCAGAGGCCGAGGAGACGCCAGAACAUCAAGAACCUAUUGCCAAAACAAGCGGAACAACCAUGAAACUGGCUGCAGAGCAGCUCUGUUUCUCCAAACCAACCAAGGAGAUGGCCAAUCACCUCAGGCCCCUAUUCAUAACAGCAAACUUUGGGGGUAUUCCUAUUCCCAAGGUCAUGGUAGAUGGAGGUGCAUCCAUUAAUCUUCUGCCUCACAGAUUGUUAAACAAGAUGGGCAGAACAGAGAAGGAUUUAAUUCCAACACGGUUGACUGUUACCAACUUUGCUGGGGGCAUCACUAAGACUCGUGGAAUCCUAGAUGUGGAUGUCAUAGUUGGAACUAAAGAUCUGAAGAUUGCAUUUUUUGUGGUAGACACCACUUCCACCACUUACAAUGUGCUGCUUGGCAGGGACUGGAUUCAUCAAAGCCUAUGUGUUCCUUCCACUCUGCAUCAACAAUUAGCCCUUUGGAAUGAAGAAGGUUUCAUGGAGAUAGUAGAGGCCAAUCCAUGGCCAUUUCUGCCCUCUGCCAUGUGUUUUGAGGCAAGGUAUUAUCAUGAUGACCUUUGUCCUUUCACCUUCCUUAGAGUUAACCAGAAUGACUACCCCCAUGGUGUCACGGCCCAAAGGCUCAUUGAAGAUGGUUUAGCCAGUUCUUUAGAAGACUAG